GAAAAAUGCCAACAAGAACUAAAACAACUGUAACACAAUGUAGGCAAGAAGAAACAGAGCAGUUACGCCUUUGGUUAAGCUAAGUUAGUAAGGUGAGAUUGGAACCCGUCCCGUCCCCAGAGGGAGGCAAGAGCAGACGGAAUCCUCCCACGCGCGCACUCCUUCAAAAUAUAUCUCCCGAUGAGGAGGUAAUGGUUGUUGCAACCCUAAUUCUCCGAUGACGAUGUUGAAGAGCAAAGCCGUUGCUUCAUCGCACGGUCAGAAACAACAAUGCUUAGGCCAAAACGCUAAGGUCAUACACUGGGAAGAUUACCAGCAACAGCUGGCUCGCCUCUGCAGUCUCACCUCUGCCGUCAAUGAAGCCAAUCAGAAGAAGCAAUUCUUUUGCCAAAAGCUCCACUCCAGCAUACAGGUGGAAGAAGAGUCGUUGAACCGUUCAAAUGAGCUUGACGAGAUGAGAGAAAAAUUGGAAUCUCGAAAGUUUGUAAUGGGAAACAUGUCAAUGGAUUCAAAGGUUUUGAAAGAGAAAGUCCAGAAGCGAGAGGAGCAACUUAGUAAUGAGAUCAGGUCUCUGUCGGUUGCUGGAAAUGCUCUUUCUUUAGCUCGCAAUCACUUGCAGGAUGUGAGUAGAUCACUUGCUGGGGGAACUAGUUAUGGCUAUCUCAAAUACUUGAAGAGAUUGCAGAGAUUGCUGAGGUUGAGAGAACAGUAUAUGGUAUCACAAGUUCAAGUGCUUUAUCCUGUGAAGACAGUGAUUGGUUAUUCACCAGAACAAGAAUUUGGAUCAUUUGCCGGUGCUAUCAAAUCAGGUGAUUCUACCAGAGAAAAAGGUGUUGAUCAAGGACCCCUAACAAUUGCGGGUCUACAUCUUACUAUGGUUCCUUUUACAAAGAUGGGUCUUUUCACUGAUAAGAAGGCGGUUCAGAGGUCUGCAACUGCUCUAGGACAUGUUGCACAUGCUGUUUUACUUAUUGCUUCCUAUUUACAAGUUCCUCUUCGCUAUCCUUUGCGGUUAGGAGGUUCUCGAUCAUAUAUUCGUGAUUAUGCACCUUCGGUUGAGCCUUCAUCAUCUGAUAUGGCAUCGAAUUCAUCAGUCACCUCAAAUUCAAAUCAGAUGGAAUUUCCUCUGUUUUUAGAAGGGCAAGAUUCAACAAGAGCAGCUUAUGCUGUGUUCUUGCUAAAUAAGGAUCUAGAGCAGCUGGUGAAUUAUAUUGGCGUGACAAGUUUAGGGCCACGUCAUGUACUUGCGAAUUUAAAAGAACUUGUGAGGACCAUUUUGUCUCCGAAGUACAUAGAUACAUGAGGGAGGAGUGAUUCCAGGAUUAAUUGUAAAAGUCUGAAUAUGUUGAUGUAUUUUGAAUAGGUAUAGGUGCCAAUUUUCAAAGGAAUGGACCUUUCUUUCCCUGAGUUGUUACAUGUAACCAGACAGAUUUAUUACUGGUUUUUAUUGCAGUAACCCACUUGAGUA